CUGUCUCCCUCUCACAAUCAUUACCUGCCCCCCUUCUUCCUAUUCUCACUCCUCCUCCACUUCUUCUUCUUCUUCUUCCUCCCUCCUUCAACCCCAAUUCAAUUCAAUUCCCUGCAACACAUUUCCUCUUUCAUACUUUUCUUGAUUCGCAUUCAUUUUAAUUUUACUCCUCCCCAAAUCCCAUUUAUUAUUCUAAUUAUUCUCUCUCCUAAUUUGAUUUUUAUUUGUUUAUUUUCAUUUAAUAAAUUGGUUCUGAUGCUCUGCUGCUGCACUUCAUCAGUGUCAAUUUAAUGGAUCUGCUGCAACCCACCUAUUCUCUCUCCUCAACCCACCACUUUCUCUCCCCUUCAAUGUAGCAAAACCCAAAAUCCGAACACCCAUUUUCUCUCUCCUCAAAAAGAAAAAUGAACCCCCUUUGCUGCAUUGCCCCAGUUUCUGUCGAUCGGGAGAAACCCCCCACCGGAAACGUGAUCGUGAAACCGACAGAAACAGGGUUCGAACCCUCCACCUCUCUAAAAAACUACCACCAUCAUCAAAUCGGCAACAAUGGGAACGGAAUCAAUCUGGGGUUUUCGAGGCAUAGUUACUCCGCUCAAGUAUCGUCUGUUAGCAGUAGUACCGCAACAACGGCGUUGGAUCAGCUGCAUCACCAUGAAGCAGAGGAUGUGAUGGCGAUGAACGGUAGAGAUUCGAGGCUAUACGGUGGUAAUGGUGGUGGUGCGGUAGCUGGGAUCCUGUACAAAUGGGUGAAUUAUGGGAAAGGGUGGAGGUCAAGGUGGUUUGUUUUAGAAGAUGGGGUGUUAUCUUAUUAUAAAUUGCACGGCCCGGAUAAGAUCAUGGUCUCUGGUUCGAGCCCUAGGAGAGAUAAAAAUGGUGGGAGAGUGAUUGGGGAGGAGUCUGUUAAGUAUAUGAGGAAGAACAAUAGUAGUGGAAUUAGUAGUAAUAAUAAUGGGUUUAGUAGUAAUGGUAUUAGGGUUAGUAGUAGUAAUAGUUUGUCAACUUAUAAUAAGCUGUGGAAGCCCUAUGGAGAAGUUCAUUUGAAGGUUUCUUCCGUUCGUGCAAGCAAGUCAGAUGAUAAAAGACUGAGCAUAUUUACUGGAACAAAGACUCUUCACUUACGCUGUGUGUCCAAAGAAGACAGAGCAGCAUGGAUUGAGGCACUGUUAGCUGCAAAAGAUCUUUUCCCCAGGGUGCUCUCAAGCAAUGAAUUUUCUCCUGAAGACAUUCUUGUGUCAACAGAUAACCUUCGACGAAGGAUGUUACAGGAAGGUGUUGCUGAGCCAGUGAUUAAAGAUUGCGAGUCUAUUAUGCUCGUAGAAGUCUCUGAGCUGAAGAAUCAAUUUACAGCUCUUCAACACAAACACAUCUCUUUGCUGGAGACCUUGAGACGGUUAGAGAGCGAGAAGAUAGAGUUGGAGACAACUGUUGUAGAUGAAACAAAGAGAAGAGAUUCUUGUUGUGGGCAAGGAAAUAGAAGAUUUAGCGAUUUCUUUUCCCUCAUGUCUGAGGGUAGUGGAUCUGAUUCUGAUGUGGAGAAUGAGAGUCGAGAAGGUGGGGAUGCUGAAUCAGAUGAAGAAGAUGGCGCAUAUUUUGAUACAAAUGAUUACUUGGCUUCAGAGUUUUUGAGAAGUGCCUCUUGUCGGGGAAGGGAAUCUUUUGCAGAUGCUUGCAGUUCGCUGGGACAGGAUUGUUCACAGGAGCUUCAAAUGGGUAUUAGACCUGCAGAAUACCCUUAUAUAAAGAGAAGGGAUAGUUUCCCAGAGCCGAAGGAAAAGGAAAAGCCCAUGGGCUUAUGGUCAAUCAUUAAGGACAAUAUUGGGAAGGACCUUUCUGGAGUUUGUCUUCCUGUUUACUUUAAUGAACCCCUUUCUUCACUGCAAAAAUGCUUUGAAGACUUGGAAUAUUCCUACUUGGUGGAUCGAGCUCUUGAAUGGGGAAAGCUGGGAAAUGACUUGAUGAGAAUCUUGCAUGUAGCUGCUUUCGCAGUAUCUGGCUAUGCUUCGACUGAAGGUCGCCAAUGCAAACCUUUCAACCCCCUUCUCGGAGAGACUUAUGAGGCUGACUAUCCAGACAAAGGCCUUCGUUUCUUCUCUGAAAAGGUCAGUCAUCAUCCUAUGGUCGUUGCUUGUCAUUGUGAGGGCAAAGGCUGGAGAUUCUGGGCUGACUCUAAUCUCAAGGGUAAAUUCUGGGGACGUUCCAUCCAACUGGAUCCUGUUGGUGCUCUUACUCUUCAGUUUGAGGAUGGUGAGACAUUUCAGUGGAGCAAGGUGACAACUUCCAUAUACAACAUUAUAAUUGGUAAAAUUUACUGUGAUCAUUAUGGCACCAUGCGCAUCAAAGGCAGUGGAAAUUAUUCCUGCAAGCUGAAAUUCAAAGAGCAAUCAAUUAUAGAUCGCAAUCCACAUCAGAUUCAUGGGUUUGUACAAGACAACAGAACCGGUGAGAAGGUCGCAAUGUUGGUAGGGAAAUGGGAUGAGGCGAUGUACUAUGUUUUAGGGGAUCCAACCACGAAGCCAAAGGGCUAUGAUCCGAUGACAGAAGCUGUCUUACUCUGGGAGAGAGACAAAUCUGCUACAAAGACGAGAUACAAUCUAACGCCUUUUGCAAUAUCUUUGAAUGAAUUGACUCCUGGUUUACAAGACAAGCUUCCACCAACAGACUCGAGGCUUAGGCCAGAUCAGAGACACUUGGAAAAUGGAGAAUAUGAGCUGGCUAAUUCAGAGAAACUCAGACUUGAACAGCUGCAAAGACAGGCGAGGAGGAUCCAAGAAAGUGGAUGGCAACCAAGAUGGUUCCAGAAAGACGAGGAAGGUUGUUACAGUUACAUGGGUGGUUACUGGGAAACAAGGGAAAAGGGUAAUUGGGAAGGGAUUUCCGAUAUAUUUGGACAGAGGAGUGAUAGUAGUAUACUCCUACCCUGUAAUACUAUACCAGAAGAAGAAUGACUGAUCUGGUCUGAGUUCUGAACUGAACUGAACCGAACUGAACUGAACUGAAUUCUUCAUUUUUUCUUUCCAGAAAAGCCCUUGUUCCGGUUACACUGUAAUUCCUCAAGUAAAUGUACCACCAUUGUUGUUAGGUGUAGGUCGGGUGUAGCUACUAGCCAGUGUAAGUUGCAUUUAGUUGUUUUCUUGUAGGUACUCGGGUUUUUUUACCCUACUCUACCUGAGUACUACAUGUUGGUGCUUCUGGCCUACUACAUAUUGUAUGGACUACCAUCCUCUUUUGUUAUGAAAACAUGAUCCCAAAAAGUUGUUGUGGAUGUCA